AUGGUCAUCAAAAAGGUCACACCUUAUGGAGAGUGGGAAUCUCCCAUCUCCAUUGAGUCGGUCGCUUCUGGCGCGCGAAGCCUUACAGCUCCCCGUGUCUGCAGCAAGACUGGUCGAGUCUUUUUCCUGGAAGGCGAUGGGGCCGGAAGAACCGCCAUCAUGGAAAUGACUACGGAUGGUGCCGUUGACAUUUUGCCAAAGGAAUGCAGCGUGGGCAACAUCGUGUACGAAUACGGUGUCCAGGCGCUCCAGAUUCUCCCCGACGGCCGCCUCAUUUUUUCCAAUCAAGACAAUACUGUCAGGAUUCUGGAUCCGAGCACAUCUCAAGUGAGGACCAUAAUCGAGGAUUCUUCGAUUCUGCGAUAUGGCUCCUUCACGGCACACAAGACCUCACCGUGGGUACUAGCAAUUCAGGAGGACCACACCAACAAUACUCCAUAUGGUAUCGAAAAUUACAUCGCUGCCAUCAAUGUCGAAACAGGCAGUGUGAAGCGCGUCAUCUCUGGCGCAGAUUUCUACUACCAGCCUCGAUUCAACGACGAUGGCACACGCCUUGUCUGGCUGGAGUGGAACCACCCCGAGAUGCUCUUCGAUAUGGCUAAGCUGUACAGCGCUGAUUGGGACAGCGAAAGCGCCACAGUAGAAAGAUCAACUAUUGUAGCAGGAGGAAAUUUCCAAGGCGUAUGUGAGCCGCACUGGGGUCCCGAUGGUGCUCUGUACUUUUCGAAAGAGACUGGCGGUCACCGGCAACUCUUCAAAAUUGCGCCCGAAGGUGGCAAGCCUGUGCACAUUGCCUUUCUUGGGUUGACGAGAUUCGAUUUGGGUGAAUCUUCUCUAUUUGAAUCAAGUCGGACGUAUGUGCCACUGUCCAGUCGGCAUCUGCUCGCGACCGCAGUUUCCAACGGCAAAUGCCGACUCUUGUGCAUUGAUCUCGAACAGGAAACAUGGAAACAAGUUGCGCAGGAUCAAGAUAUAUCUGCACUCAACGCAGAUUGCAUAUCAAGAAUUGACGAGUCAUCUGCCUUGGUUGUAGCAAAAGGGCCGACGACGUCCAACUCGCUCUUCAAAAUCGACAUUCACAAUCCUAAAAAAGACAAGCUGCUUCGCACAGCCGGGCUUUCUGGCUCCGACUUUGCAGAUGGAUUGUUGUCCGUUCCGGAGCAUAUUACAAUCCCGUCGCGUAGCGAACCUCGGCAAACCCACGGAAUCUUGUUCAUGCCGCGCAACAAUAAAUACACCGCAAAAGAGGGAGAAUUGCCACCGCUCAUCGUCUUUUCCCACGGUGGCCCUACUGGAAUGGCGAACAGUGCCCUCAAUCUGCGGGCUCAAUAUUUCACCUCGCGUGGAUAUGCUUUCCUGACCGUGAAUUAUGCCGGCUCGACGGGCUACGGCAAUGCAUACCGUCGAUACUUGUAUGGCCGAUGGGGGGUGUCGGACACAAAUGACGUUGCUGAUUUCGCAGCGCACUUGGUCGAGACAGGUCGCGUCCGCCUAGGGGCGGUUGGUAUCACUGGCGGUAGUGCAGGUGGUUACAACACUCUGCAGGCGUUGACUCAGUAUCCCACAACCUUUGCUGGUGGCGUAUGCGCGUGUGGCAUCAGUGAUCUCAUACAAUUUGAUGAUCACACGCACAAGCUGGAAUCGGACUAUGCAGCCGCGCUGCUGCUUCCCGAGGGAACUCCGGAGGAUGACAAGGUCCGCAUCUACAAGGAUCGUAGUGCGCGGUACCAUGCGGACAAGAUCCAGUCACCUCUGCUUCUCGUUCACGGCGUCGCAGACCCUGUCGUGCCAGUUGUGCAGGCGAGAAUUAUUCACGACAUUGUCAAGAAGAAAGGCGGCGAUGUCAAGCUCGUAGAGAUACCGGAUGAGGGCCACAUGCUCAGCAAGCCUGACACUGUCAGGAAAUACCUUGCCGAGGAAGAAGCGUGGUGGAGGAAGACGUUGCUCAAGCUUUGA